AUGAAAAUGUUGAAGCUCACAAAAAUACUGAUAGCAAAAGCAACCUGGCGCGGCUGUGGCAAACACAUCCCGUCGGCGCUGGGCAGCGUUCCAGAGGACCAGUGGUGCAUUUGCACGCCCAAGGUCACCGUCAACGGCAAGGAAUAUCCCCCGGCAGGCACUGUGUCGAUUCCUGGAGCAGCAUUUGCCGUCCUCCUUUCGGUGUAUCUUAUUCGCUGCUUCUUGUCAUCGUUAUGGAAAGUUCCCGGCCCGAGGAUAUCUGCCUUCACUUCCCUUCCUUUGAAAUGGCAUGAGCUGCAAGCAACCAGAACGAAGUACAUCCACAAACUUCACCAGCAGUAUGGCCCAGUUGUCCGGAUCGCACCAAAUGAAGUCUCGUUUACAUCUUACGAAGCCAUUAAAGAGAUUUAUUGCUCCGGGGGUAGCGGCUAUGACAAGACGGAGUUUUACGACUUAUUCAAGGUCUAUGGACGAAGCAACGUCCUACGACCUGUACCCCUUGGCGGAAUCCAGGAGAGGUCACAAAAAUUUAUCAACCUAUGCAAGACGUCCGUGGGCAAGAGCCACGACAUAUUCAUGAGCCUUCACUCCUACGCCUGUGAUUGCGUUACACAUCACCUGUUCCAUCCGUACGGCAGUAACUGCCUUGAGGACGAGGCGGACGAGGAAAUGAUGCACCAGGUCGCCGCCGACGACAGCCUGCAGAAUCGCCUCGUCCAGCACUACAGUCCCGCGCUGCACAAGCUCCUCUCUAGAUUCCUAUACCUCUUCGCCAAGCCCCGCGAAACCCCCCUCGCCGACACCUUCAUCAUCGAGUCCAGCAAGAAGCCCGACCCGGCCGCAUUCACGCUCCUAAGCCGGCUACACGACAAAGCCGGCCAGGGACUAGACCAGCUCGACAUGGCGGGCGAGUGCCUCGACCACAUGGCGGCGGGCAUCGACACGACAGGCGACGGACUGUGCUUUCUGAUGUGGGAGCUUUCGCAGCCGCGUUCCCUACGAUUCCAAGACAAGCUGCGCCUGGAGCUGAGGGAGAACCCCGGCGUCGCGUUCGACAAGUUGCCGUUCCUCGAUGCCAUCGUGCAGGAAGGGUUGCGGUGCUUUCCAGCCAUCCCGAUGUCCCUGCCACGAUACGUCCCCCAGGGCGGACGACUGAUAGACGGUUAUUUUAUCCCUGAAAAGACUAUUGUCAGCUGUCAGGCGUAUUCUAUCCACCGCAUCAACGAGGACGUGUUCCCGGAGCCGGAUGCCUUCAACCCAGAUCGAUGGAUGGAGCCGACGGGUGACGCGGAGAGGAAGCGGCUAAUGUUUGCAUUUGCCAACGGAGGUCGAGGAUGUGUUGGCAAGCAUCUGGCGCUCGCCGAGAUGAAGACUCUUUUGACGGACAUCUACACCCGUUACACGACGCUUCCUGAGACGUCGAUGACAGAGGAGUCGAUGGCCAUGUCGGACCAGCUCAUCUCCUCGCGGCCGCUAGGACAAAGGUGUUUGCUGCAGUUUGUUCCAUUUGGCGAGAAGCGAGAAUGA